AAGACCAAACAAAAAGAAAAACUAAUAAAAGAUCGACAAUCUUCUAUAUUCAGAUUCUGAUGUAUGAUUGAAUUUCAUUAGAAGUCCUUUCUAUUAGUACAGUUAUAUCAAAACUAUUGCAAAAAAAUUCAGAACACCAAGAGAAGCCAUCAUGUUUCACCCUAUUACAUUUUCUAUCAUAAUCAUUCUGUUUUUCUAUGCUGUUUUCUAUAUAUUCAAGAAACAGCUUAAGGGGUCUAGCGAUGUUCGAUCGAACAUAAAGCUCAAGUUACCACCUUCUCCUCCCAAGAUUCCAAUCCUUGGAAAUUUCCAUCAAUUAACUCUCAUGAUUCACCGAUGCUUUCAUUGCGUAUCUGCCUUGUAUGGCCCAAUCGUACUCUUACACUGGGCUACAAAGCCUAUUCUUGUAGUUUCAUCUGCAGAGAUGGCAUCUGAAAUUAUAAAGACCCAUGAUGUUACUUUCGCAGAUAGGUUUGUUCCAAAAACUAUAAGAGUUAUCUUCUUCGGUGGAAAUGACCUAGUUUUUGCUCCAUAUGGCGAGCGCUGGAGACAACUCAGGAAGUUUUGUGUUCUUGAAUUGUUGACUGCAAAGAGGGUACAAUCUUUCAAGUAUGUAAGAGAAGAAGAAGUUGAUAAAGUGAUGGAGAAGAUAGCUCACUCGUCUCGACAGGGGGACAUAAUUAAUUUGACAGAGACAAUAUCGACUAUGUUGAACUCCAUUAUAUUUAGGUGUUCACUUGGUGACAAUUUCAACAAAGAUUAUACACAGAAAUUUAUUGGGUUAAUAAAGAUGGCGACUAGGUUGAUGGAGUCGGCUUUCAGUUGUGAAGAUUACUUUCCAUGGUUGAAAUGGAUGGAUGUCAUCACUGGAUUAGAUCGGAAGCUUAAAAGAACCUCUGAAGAGAUAAAUACUUUCCUCAAUCAAAUCAUUGAUGAUCAUCUCCUAUCCGGUAAUUCAUGUGUAAAGCACAGUGAUCACGACAACAAGAGAAACUUCAUAGAGCUACUUCUUCUUCAUGCUGAAAAACAACCAAAUCUCCAUCUCACUCGUGAUAAUAUCAAAGGAAUAAUACUGGACAUGUUUAUCGCCGGAAGCGAAACCACAGCUACUGUAGUUGACUGGGCAAUAGCGGAGCUCAUAAAGAAUCCAAAGCUGAUGAAGAAAGCACAAGAAGAGGUAAGAAGAGUGGUAGGAAACAAAAUGAAAGUGGAAGAGCAUGACAUUAAUCAAAUGGACUACUUGAAAUGCAUUGUGAAAGAGAGCUUACGGUUGCACCCUCCUGUACCAUCUUUGCUAGGAAGAAAUUCUUCUGCCAAUGUCAAAAUAGGAGGUUAUGACAUCCCAGCAAAUACAGUAUUAUUCAUCAAUGCCUACACGAUUCAAAGAGACCCUGAAUCGUGGGACAAACCAGAAGAGUUUUAUCCGGAGUGAUUUGAAAACAACCCUAUUGAUUUUAAAGGGCAAGAUCUUGAGUUUAUCCCGUUUGGAUCUGGAAGAAGAGGGUGUCCUGGAAUGUCAUUUGGCCUUGCAGUGGUGGAAUUUGUUCUUGCCAACCUCUUGCAUGGGUUCGACUGGGAAUUGCCUGGUGGUGCUAACAAGGAAGAACUAGACAUGUCUGAAGGAUCUGGUUUCAGUAUUAAUAGGAAGAAACCUCUUCUUGUUGUUCCAGUAUUGUUUCGUUCAACAUCUUCUGGUACUACUGCAAUUUAAUGUACUCCAAAUACCAGUAACUGUUGAGGAAUUUAAUUUAAUGUUAUUAGGGUGACAAAAAUGUACGUAUUCCCAAUUCAAUA